UAUUUUAAAAUGCAUAAACUAUUUUCCAUAGUAUUGUUUAGUAAUUAUUUAUUUAAUAUUUUAAGAACCUAAUUUUCAAUUAAUGCAGAUUCAAGUUCGAAGUCUUUAAAUGUACACGAAUGCAUAUAAGUUAAUUCUAAAACAAAUAACUGUAAUUGUCUGUUGAAAAGAAUAUUUAAAUUUAUUGCCGUAUCAUAUACCCGUAGUUAGACCACCGUACGAUGGCACCGAAAGUAGCUAAAGUCGAGAUGAACGAGGAGGAGUUGAAGCUGAAGCAGAAGCUGAUGGACGAUAUGGAACUAAAAAAGUUGAAAAGAGAACACAGGCGAAUGAAGAGUAUUGGCAAAAGGGAUGACGCCAUCGAGAGACAGGGGAAAGUUAUCACAGCUCUUACCAAGGAGAGAGACAAUCUGGUGAGUGACCUGAACGUGAUGCAAACGAAAAAGCAAUGUGUCAUGGACGCCAAGCAGACCGCAGAGAUCACCGAGCUUUUUGCUCGAGGGGACAGUCUCGACGUGGACAUAGCUCGUGAGCAAAGGUUCAUGGACGACCUGAAAUACCAGACUUACAAGGAGUCUAACAAGCUGGAGCGCCGUCGUAAGAAUAUAAAGAGUCAAUUCUCAGCUAGUGACUACCGGCAGCAUAUGGAAAAUCAGCGUGGAGACCGCGCUUUGGAUGCUUUGAAGUCAAAACUACACGCGGAACAAGUCAAGCUGGGUUCCGCGAUCAAGGAGAAUGCAGAGUUGCGCAAAAGUAUACUACUGCUGUUGAAGUCCAAGACCCACUUCAAUCAGCUGUUUGAGGAACUCGUCCUCAAACUUAAAAAAGGGAAGAAAAUCAUGAAGGAUAUUGUGGAGCAGUCACAGUUACAGCUCAAGAAGAGGGAUGAGGUGACUCGCAAAAUCCAAGCACUCAAGCAACGGGAUGUGGCAGACCUGCACAAGCGACAAGAGGAGAUGCAGGAUCUGGAGAUGAGAUAUGCAGAUGACAAGAAUUUGACGAAGUUUAGAAAUAUGGUGUUACACGUGAGGACAAAACUGAGCGAGGGUGACAAGGCGACGAAGAAGGCGGCGGCCCAGCGACUGCAGCAGGAGGAGGAGUUGCAGAAGUUGCGGGACACGUGGACAGCAGUCAAGGAAGUGACGGAGCUGGAGGAGUGUGGUGACGUGUGCGAACUGCUGUUCAGGCAGGAGGCGGAGAACUUCAGUCUCUUCAACUACAACAACGAGCUGCACGACCAGGUGGAGGCACUGACAGAGCAGACUGCUGAACUGUUGAAAAAAGUGGACGAUGAACAGGAGGACAGAUAUCAGUGGGAAGAUCAACAAGAAAGAGAAAAAGUCAAAUUGGAAAGCUUGCUGGAUAAUAUGGACAAUGAACAGAACUAUCGGAACGACAUGUGUGAGGCCAGCUUCCGACUGUUCGACCGUCUGAUGACGAAACUGAGAGCGCUGUUCGACCUGGCUCAGUGUGAAACAUGGCCUCUAGAGGACCUGUUAGGUGACAACGAGCAAGUGACGCAGUUCAACUACCGACUGUACCUGGAGUUACUGGAAUCCAGGCUGAUGCAGUUGAUGAGUGCAUGUCCACGACCUGACACAAGCCCACAGUACGGCUUCAUCAGCUCGUUCGUGAACCCUGCGGCGCAGAGUAGACUUUCUCCAUUGAGCACUAUUGUUGUGGAUAGGAAGGAAAUCUCCAGACCUUGUCUAGAGUGUGAAUCCUCAAACCAGGCCAAAAGGAUGAUCCAAGUUACAGAUUAUAUUUGAGCGACUUGGUUUGCACGAUUAAGCACAGAGGUUUGACCAAGUUGUCCUGACCUGUGACCCUGAAUCUGACAGCUGUAGAUCCUGGACAUUAGAAGACGUACCGUUCUAAAUCUGCUCAAUAUUACACGGGAAAAUUUUGUACAAUAAACAAAUUCCUGUUUACAAAGUC